AUGUGUGGUAUCUUCGCCUGUCACCGUCAUCCCGACGUCGAAAAGUUCAAGCCCACCGCCCUGAAGCUGGCAAAGCAAAUCCGUCACCGUGGCCCCGAUUGGAGCGGAAGCGUUAUUGCCAACCACACCAUCCUUUGCCAUGAGCGUCUCAGCAUUGUCGGUGUCGAGUCUGGCGCUCAGCCCCUGACCAACGCCGACGACAGCAUCAUUCUCGCCGUCAACGGUGAGAUCUAUAACCAUCGUCACAUCCGAAAGAACCUCAAGGAGCAGUACCACUUCAAGACCACCUCCGACUGUGAGGUUAUCAUUCCCCUGUACACCGAGUUUGACACAGACUGCCCUAACCACCUCGAUGGCAUGUUCUCCUUCGUUCUCUACGACAAGAAGCAGGACCGCACAAUUGCCGCUCGCGACCCCAUCGGUAUCACUACCUUCUACCAGGGCUGGUCCACCAAGGAGCCCGGAACUGUCUACUUCGCUUCUGAGCUGAAGUGCCUGCACAGCGUCUGUGACAAGAUCGUUGCUUUCCCUCCUGGCCACGUUUACGACUCCAAGACCGGCGAGACCACUCGCUACUUCAACCCCUCUUGGUGGGAUCCCAAGAAGGUUCCCAGCAACCCUGUGGAUUUGAAGGUGCUCCGACAUGCCCUCGAGAAGUCUGUUCGAAAGCGACUCAUGGCUGAGGUUCCCUUUGGUGUCUUGCUCUCUGGUGGUCUUGACUCGAGUCUGACAGCCUCUAUUGCUCAGCGUGAGGUGACCAGACUUCGAAAACAGGCCCUGGAGGCCAACGGCAACGUCCUCCCUGUUGAGAACCCCGACACCGGAGAGGGUCUUGUCGGUAUUGAUGAUGACGAUCACAUCGAUACACUCACAUACCUUCCUCAGCUCAACUCAUUCUCUAUUGGUCUACCUGGCUCUCCCGAUAACAAGGCUGCCCUUGAGGUUGCCAAGUUCCUGGGUACCAAGCAUCACGUUAUGACCUUCACCAUCGAGGAUGGUCUCAACGCCCUUUCCGAUGUUAUCUUCCACCUCGAGUCUUAUGAUGUUACCACCAUCCGAGCCUCCACCCCCAUGUACCUCUUAUCGCGUAAGAUCAAGGCUAUGGGUAUCAAGAUGGUUCUGAGCGGAGAGGGUAGUGAUGAGAUCUUCGGUGGCUACCUCUACUUCCACGGUGCCCCUGACAAGGAGGCUUUCCACGAGGAGACCGUCCGUCGUGUUAAGAACCUGCACCUGGCCGAUUGCCUCCGAGCCAACAAGUCUACCUCUGCUUGGGGUCUUGAGGCUCGUGUUCCUUUCCUUGACAAGGAGUUCCUCGAGACGUCCAUGAACAUUGACCCUCAAGAGAAGAUGAUCACCAAGGACAGACUCGAGAAGUACAUCAUCCGCAAGGCUUUCGAUACCACAGAUGAGCCCGAUGAGCAACCUUAUCUUCCCGACAACAUCCUCUGGCGACAGAAGGAGCAGUUCUCCGAUGGCGUCGGCUACGGAUGGAUUGACUCCCUGAAGGACACUGCCGAGAAGCAGGUGACAGACGAGAUGAUGAAGAACCCCAAGCCUGAGUGGGGUAACGAUAUCCCGGAUACCAAGGAGGCCUACUGGUACCGAUGCAUGUUCGAUGAGCACUUCCCUCCUCACUGCGCCUCAACAGUCAUGCGCUGGACUCCUACUUGGUCCAAGCAGAGUGACCCCAGUGGCCGAGCCAUUUCCACACACAACGCCAAGUACGACAGCGCGGCUUAA